AUGACCAUGAAGAAUGCAAGCAUGAAGCCAGCCCAAAUUAUGGACUAUAUGACAUGUCAGUCUGGGGGUUUCCCUAAUAUGGGGUUCACUGUAAAAGAUUUGCACAACAAAUUGCAUAGCGAUUGUAAGGAAGAAAUAAAAAACGGGGAUGCUGAGGGUGCACUGGGAUACUUGUCUGCUCAAAAUGGGAAGUCUCAAAUGGAUUAUGCUACAUUUGGAGAUGUGUUAGUUUUUGACCCGACCUAUCGGACCAAUGCUUACAAGAAGCCAUUUUUCAUACUGGCGGGUGUGAAUAAUAACUUUACGACGACCAUAUUUGGCUAUGGGUUAUUGUCGAAUAAGACGAAGAACAUGUACAAUUGGGUUCUUUCAACGUUUUUGGAGGCUAUGGAUGGUAAACAGCCCAUCUUUGUGGUCACAGAUGGUGAUUUGGCGAUGUGCAAUGCAAUUAGAAACAUUUUUCCAGAUGCAAGGCAUCACCUAUGUUUGUGGCAUCUGGAGCGAAAUGCCGCUAAAAAUUUUCACAUACCGGAAUUCGUAUUUGACUUUACCACUUUGAUGCAAAUGGAAUGUGAUGUUGAAGAAUUUGAAACUCUUUAA